GACGCUCUUAAUCGACGGUCAUGAAAGCGGGUGUACGCGAAUAAACUGUUUAGAAUUUUUAAUACAACAAUUAAUAGACUCGAACAGCAGCAGCCACCUCUACGUGUGCCCGAGAACUUUUUGGCAUAUAAAACGGCAGCGACUUUUAUCAAAUCGAACAUAAUUCGCAAUCGCCUUCUAGCCAAGAGACGCGUCGUUCCGUCCCCUUAGUCUAUCAGCUUAGCUGCUCCUAGUAACUCUAACUACCUGUAACAACGAUAUAUGUAUGAGGAUUUCGUAAUCAUCACCCACCGCUGGCUACGGACCAAUAUACAUACAAAUAUACAUAUGUAGUUGAUGUCGAUGGCAAUUAGCUAAAAGAAUACGUAUAAACCAUAAGGCGAGUGAAAGUGCGCGUGUGUGUGUGCAGAAUACCAAAAACAAAAGAAAAGGCAAUUGCAAAAUUUCUAUCAAUAAACUCUGCGGUGCCAGCUAACACGCUCAGCAUCGCCAUUCAAAGCCCAAAGCCGUUGUCCAGAGCUAGACAAAAAUAAAAUACAGUACAAUGAGCGGAUACACAGACCUCACCAAACUGGAGACUAGUCGAAACUGCCUCCGACGCAUUGCGCGCCACGACGAGCAGCAAUUCUCCAAAGACAGUAUCGUCAACGUAAUGGAGAAGUUUGUCAAAACUGUCAACAUUAUGGACGAUACCAUACUGGUGCCAUGCAGGCUCAUGGAUCGGCAGAUCGGAGAUAGCUCUGACAUUAUACCUGCAACUGGCAAAGACACAACCGCCAAUCAGUUGACACAAAGCUCCAGCGCACAGGGCAAGCGGGGGGCGGCACAAUCGAAAAACGUUCAAGACUUUCUUAACGCCUCCGAGCUGUUCAAUCUCUACAAUAUGUUGAACGCGCUCAAAAAUGAUCUGCUCUGGACGGCCAAACAGGCGGACGAGGGUGAUGAGACGGAGCAACUGAGCGGUAAGAUGCCGACUCUGGCCGAGGCCGAGACCAAGACUGAGUCGAGCAGCACAAGCAGCGGUAAUCGUAACAAUGGUGGCAGCACAGCAGCGAAAGGUCAUGUGCGACGCACCUCGACCGCCUCGAUGGCAUCCACCACAUCGGUGAGCAACAUGAGCGACUCGGACUCUGAUAUAUCCAAUGAGAACGACUCUGGCCUGGAGUCGGAUGGGAACAAGAGCGACAAUGCGCAGAGCAGUGAUGUAUCCAGCAGCGCCAGCAGCUCCAGCAGUGAUAUCGAGGAGUGCAAAUCGAAAUCGAAGCAAGCCAGCGGAGACAAGGCGACCGAGCUGGCGAAACGUUGUCGAAGACAUCUGAAUGGUCUGUACCAGUGCCUGGAACAAAUGACAGAGGCGGCCAACUAUUUGACUGCCAGAUACCAAAGUGAUAUUGGACCCGUUUAGGAUUCAACUCUGUAUGUUUUGCAUGUGAAGGGGGGUGUAAUGUAAUGUAAACCAUUUUGUUUUUUCACGGGCGGGUUCUUAGGGGGUGCUAAGUAUUGCAAGUAUAUAAUUGUAUAAAUGUGUAAACUGAUUAUGAUGUAAACGGUAACUAUUGUAUGUAUUAUUGCGAAUGGUGGGUUUGUUGCUUGCAACUGCAGCAACAUCAAUAAGAAGUACACGUAAUUUUUUUGUAUUUGGGUUGACGGGUACGAAAUGGAAGAAAACAAAAUUUAACUGUAACAGAUCAUGCAAUAUACACAUAUUUGUAUAUACCUCUUAAGUACACGUGUACUGGCAUCGGGGCGCAAAGCGAAAAGUUAAACAAAGUAAAGUAAAGCAAAGCAACAAACAAACAAAAAAAAAAAA